AUGAGAGAGUUCUGUGUGAUAAACACUCCCAACAUGGAAGAUAAACAUGAGGAAGAAGAGAGAAAAACAACCACAGUCAGCCAUGAGUAUAAGCCAAGCCUCCAACACCACAGAGAGCACAUCUGUGACAGAGACCCUCUCUUCCUUCACCCCAUCCCCCCCUUUCUCCCCCUCCCCUGCAGUAUUGACGAGUCCUACAAGUACAUCUUCCUCCCUCUCUGCUAUUCCCUCACCUUCUUCUUCAGCCUGACGCUUAACUCCGUUGUCCUGGUGCGCUCCUGCCGUCGCUAUGGUGGCUGUCGCCACGGCAAUGCCCCCCGCCGCUGGACCACGUCUCUGAUCUACAUGGUGAACCUGGCAACCACAGACCUGAUGUACGGCCUGUCUCUGCCCUUCCUGGUGGCCAGCUACAUGCUGCAAGACCGCUGGGUGUUUGGAGACUUCAUGUGUCGCCUGGUGCGUUUCCUGUUCUACUUCAAUCUCUACUGCUCCAUCUUCUUCCUCACCUGUAUCUCCGUCCACCGCUACCUGGGCAUUUGCCACCCCAUGAGGACCAUCACCCUGGAGAGCAGGCGGGCUGUGAGGGGGACCUGCGCCAUGGUGUGGGUGGUGGUGUUCAUGCUUACGUGUCCCAUCUUUAGGUUUGCCCAGACGGGGUAUGUGGUGAGAGGAGGAGGUGGUGGAGGGAGGGCAGGAGAGCGGGGGAAUGGAUCUGAGGAGGAGGGGGGUGGAGAUGUAGUCGGUGGUGGGCCGAAUGUGUUUGUGAACUGUUGGGAUGAUGCUAUUGAUAAUGAGUUUGCAGAAUACGUCCCGUAUGGCCUCGUCCUGCACCUACUGGGCUUCUUCGUCCCAUUCACCAUCAUCGCAUGGUGCUACUCCCAGGUAGUCAGGACCAUCUUUAGGACCCUGCAUUCCCCAUCCAGCUCCCAGGUGGGGGGAGACGAGGAGGGAGGUGGUGGGGGGUCAGAAGGGCGCAGGGAGAGAACGUCCAUCUCCAUCUCCAGUUCACAGCACUCCCAUUACAUCCGCAGGCGCCGCAAGUCCAUCAAAACCAUCAUCACCAUCACUCUCCUGUUCGCACUCUGCUUCCUCCCCUUCCACGUUACCCGGACACUAUUCCUGCUCCUCAGGAGGGGUCAGAUGGGAGGAUGCAAUGCCAUGAAGACAAUCUCUAUCUGCUACAAGGUCACUAGGCCACUGGCCUCCUGUAAUGCCUGGCUGAACGCUCUCCUGUACUUCCUCACUGGAGACAAGAGUGUCCCCUGCUGUGACACGGCCAGUCAGCAUGACCACCACCGCAACCCCUCUCUCUGGCCACUGAGGAUCCUGAUGAAAGACAGAGUGGGAGAGAAGGAGGAGGUGAAGAGAGAAAAGAAGACGGAAAAGAAGGAGGGGGAGAUUCGUCGAGACAAUGAGUCAAAGUCUUCUGGGAUUGUCUUUUAGGAGAUUUUAUGUUCAGAACAAAUAUGGAAUCGUUUAAGUGUACAUUUGUGUGUGUGUGUGUAUUUUUUUUUUACCUUUCUAUUUGGGACACCUAGUAGUUUUGCACUUUAUUUCAUUUGGACUUGUUACAUUUGUUACUUUCUCAGUCGGCAUGUUGACAUUAAAUGCAGGUCAAGUUAUCUUCCUGAACAGUGUGGUCUAUUUCUUGUUCGUGUUUAACUUUAUUUGUGUGAUCACCAGCCAACAAAGACGGGUUAUUACAAGGAGUGUCCUGUGAUAAUUAGCCAAUCUUUAAGAGAGGUAGGUUAAUGAGCCUCCCUUUUAUCUGGUCCUCUAACACUGCACAUUGCUUAAUCUGACACCCUCACACAUCUUUAAACUCUGUAUUAAUUUACAAAACAUGUCUGUCCCUCUCAAUCACUCACACAUUUUGGGAAGGCGCGCACACACACACACACAACCUCCAUUCAUACAUUUCCCAGUCAUAACCGUCCCUCCACCCCUUUCUCCAGGCCAGAGGACAGCUGGUGUAUAAAAUGUGAUGUUGCAACAACGCAGGCUGGGACAGUAAGCAGCUCUGCCCCUGCUUAUCAGCAGCCAGUGACCCACGAAGCCUGGACCACAAAUAUUAUUGCUGACUACUGUUCCCUCCCCUGCCUCUGUUAAUGGAAAAGCGUGUGUGAAAAAGCUGUAGGCAUAGGACCAGUAGCAGCAGCCAGCACAAAUAGCACAGUCAGAACACUCUAAACAUCCUAGAUGCUAGAGGAAACCAUGGAGGAAGUCUCAAUAGUCCAAUUCAACACAGUAAUUGUUAUAGAAGGACAACUGCACAGUCACUGAUUUCAGCUGUUAUAAAAUCAACUUUGAUGUACUAUUGUAAUCCAGUACAGGGUUCGAAUUACAACUGGGCUAGGGGACUGGACACCCCAUAACAAACCAUUGUAUUUCAACCUAAUAGGCAUACCACCCCUAGGGGCAAAAACCAGCCUCAUAUUCACCCUAAAAACCUGGACUUAUUCCCAACCCCUAUCCAAACCUUAUCUUGUAUGUUUACUAUUAAAAUCUGUUUGGA